CCGCCGCUUCCCGCCCUUUCACCAGACGAACAGGAAGAAGAAGGUGGUUCGUGGCUUUCAGGAGGUUCCGUCGAAGGAGAUGGCGAACGGAUCUCGAGAGUACGCCUUCGAGCGCAAGCACCUGUACGGCGUGAUGGGUAUCCUCAUUACCGCUGGACUGACCAGGAAGCCGAGGAUCAUCGAUCACUGGGGCGUCGGAGCCCACGACAACUACCCCCUGGCCCGGGCCUGCAUGCCUCGAGACCUCUUCAUCAUGUUCUACGACCGCUUCUUCCACUUGGCACCUCCCACCGGCAAGCUCAAGAAGGAUGAUCCCCAGUACGACAGCAAACACCACAUCAGGUAUGCCUCAUAGAAAAACACGCACGCCAACAGACUGCAAUUGUAGGUACGGUGGAUGGGUAUCUUAUAUUUUCGUCUGGAGGAUAUUUAAUUUUUUUUCAGUUAUGGGGACCAAUAUGGGGUGAUCUUUGCCCUUGGCGUUGUGUCGUCUCGUUCGCCCUCUCAGCAGAAUGGCCUAAAUAUUGCUGAAUAGAAGUUGCUCGAAUACGAACCGUUUGGGCCCACUGGAAGCUGCUUUGGAACAAGGUGUGAAUCGUAAUCGGAACACGAAACAUCCGUAUCGGUGUCGGCCUUCAAAUUCGCUCAGGUUGCGUGAGUUAUGGUGAAUCGCUAGUUGGGGGAGCAAUACACAUGUAUGUCCAGCGCCCCCCCCCCCCGGCCCAGAGUAGUAUUGCUAACUCCAAUCAGUACUUGCUCUCUACGUGAACCCCGCCGGCUAGCUCCGCCGAUACCGUCAGCAAGUUCGCUCAAGCCGUCAGCAACGCGUGGCUCCUGUUCUCCGAGUGGGCCGGAGUGCUAGCCACGCAGUGUACCGCAGCGUUGGAGGCGGCGACACAAGACGGGGGGGUGGGUAAUGCCGGGGACGCCAGGGAAGCCGGAGAGGGCGGGGCGGCGGCGGACAGUUGCGACCUCACGGUGGCAGCGCUCCCAAGAAUUUCAAUGCCUAGUCGAGAAGGCUAUUACGAUGGAGCGUAUUGACUGGGAGCGUAGGCUCGCCAAUCACCUCAUGUCCUUGUGUAACGUGGGUCACGGUGGGAAGGGGGCAAGACGCACGACGACAGUGGAGUCGUACCGCGUGAAGGGCGCACGCGGUCAGCGUGUAUGACACGGGGGGGCUUGCAAAACGACGGCCGGUCCUUACACUGGGACUAGAACUUAUGGGGUAUGCUGGUGUGAUACUUGCACGGGUGGGAUGGGGAAGGACCGGGCGUUGAUGCUGUGCAAGACGUGCAGUAGAGUACCAGAAGCACAUGUUGCCGCUAAAAACUGGGCCGCCGAGAGAACGUACAAGCCAAUCAAUUGGUUUGGAUCGCCGCCCGAGUAAUUCAUUGUGAUUGUGUGUGUCCCAGGCAAGUGUUUUGAAGUGCCAGAAAAUGCGUCGCCGCCACCGUCAGAAGACUAUCGGGGGGAGGGGGGUUAUGUACAAGUUCGUCGACAAGCAGCCCUGUUGCAACGAUCUUCUGUCUGUAGCUUGACUAGCUGAUAGUUGAAUCGGAGUUGUCGUUGUGAUUGUUUGCAUGCUACGGUGUGAAGAUGCCGCCCGAUGCGGCGGUUGGUAUGCACUCGAAACACGCAGAGAAAAGCAGGAGGCAGGAGGGAUUCCCACGGCUUCAUGGGUACCUCGUACAACCCCAUGCUCGUUUUUCGCUACUCGGGUGCCAGGCUUAGGGUUGGUCCGGCAUGCGUUGGCAAUGUCAGCGUUCCGGGUUGGAAUGGAAGGGUAGGUUCAUGUGUCGACAGGCGGGCGAAUGCCCUGCGCCAAUGGAAGAAGUCUUGCGCAUGCAAAAAAUGCGGAAAGGUGUUACGAGUCAUGUCUAUCGUAAAUUGAACAACACGCAUACACUAAUGCCUUUAUGGGCACCGCGGACACUCUUUUUGUCACGUUCCGUUCCCUAUCAUGGUGGCAAGAGCGAAGAGGCACGUGUCGUGUAAUGCCUGUUGAAAUGUUGUUUGGGCACAAUCGACACAUGCUGUCGCGAGCGCUUGCCUCAUGGCCGUGCUUGUCGCAUGGAAGCGUUGUUGCUUUUCGCCAGGAAAUUUGUCGUUGUUGUCGUUCUUAUUCUUGUCCUUAUCAUGAAAAAAACAGCUGCAGCCUCUGGUCAGCGCCAUCUAAUGUCCGUACCCGUGUGACGCGCACGCCUACCAUGGUCACAGGCCAACUACCCCACAAAGUUGCACACUUCGAGAAAGAUAAAACGCCAGGCAUCGCUGGUGUCAAAUUGCCCGGCAUAAACAACAAAGGAGUCCAACGCUCUCGCAGGCAAGCGCUCUCAAACAAACCGACAAAAUAAACCAAAUAAUGAAUCAAGAGUACGACAUCGUCCGACAAUCUAUGAGCCCGUCUAUGUAGACCGGGGUGUAGCCACCGGUGCAGUUGCAACCCUCAUGCGCUGCCGAUCAGGUAGUACCUACAACACAUUCACGUCCUGCUUUGCGAAGGCUGCAAGUUAGAUCACAAGGCAGACAGGUUACGCACGCAUCACGCGGUGUCCUUGUUCAAAAACGCAAGCAUACAUCAAGACAGGGCGGUUGUUUCUCGGCACUCCAGUUGGUAAGCCCACGUC